GCCGGCGACCUUUCGAUGAAAUUCGUCAAGGAUCGAUGGGCGAUGGAGGCACUGCAUGCGCUGCAACAACGAGACCACGUGCGCUUAAAAGAAGUAUUCCAGGAGCUCCCUGAUGCGUGCGUCAAUAGUUCCGUUGAGAAAUGUCCAGGCGGUGCGCCAUUUGACUUUGCCGGUGAAGGGUUCUUCGACUCGCGUGCCGCUGCAUGGGCCUCGCCAACGUUCAACAUCGCCAAGCAUGGUGACUCCUUGCUUAUCCUUGCGCUUCGACAGUUCGAUCCCGCUAGUGCCGCCGCGCUUGUCGAGGUCGGUGCCGACUUGAAUGCAACAAACGUCGACAACGAAUCGGGAAUUUCAUUGGCAUGGGCAGCGUACUUGAGUCUCACAACCGGUGAGCCAGCCGUAGCGUCACAACUCGAUGCGCAUAAAGCUGCAUACGAAGCUCUCUUCGACCGGAUCAAGCCGCAGAUGCUGUAAGGAAUCCAAGACGAGCUGUGCAACUCACGCUUUGUUUUGACAUUCAGAGAGUAUCACGACGGAAUCAAAGCACAUGUUCGAGCACAACUUGUGUCGAUUUACACAGCAUAUGCGCCUGAACGGCUCGACAAAAUCGAUGGGCAACUCGAUGCCUUCUAUGGCAAGGAGCUCGAAUUACUCGGAAAAGUACAGGCAAAGUACGCCACAGCUUAGCGCCUUCCAACAACACAGCUACAAUGUUGUCAUUUCGCUACUCGAUGGCCAUGAACGCGUCUUUCUUUUCGUGCG